AUGAAACCGCCUUCUCAACCGGUAAAGACAAAGGGUGCUCCGAAGAAAUUGAAGCCUACACCGAAUGACUACUCGACUACACAAGCUCCUUCUUAUUGUGAGCACGUCGAUAACAUUUUCCUGACUCACCAACUCCUAAACAAAGGAGCUCGCAUAAGAAAACCGCCUCCGACACCUAUUCCACUGAAAAUUCCAUUCAUCAAAGAGAUACCGAUUUUUAUGCACAAAUACAUCAAAUGGAUCGUCAAUGUUGAGGGGGAUGGUAAUUGUGGUUACCGGGCCGUCUCGUCUUUGCUUGGUAAUGGAGAGGAUAGUCAUACGCUUGUCCGUCAUCAACUUAUCCAAGAGUUGAAGACGCAUAAAGACUCGUACACGCGGUUAUAUGGAGAGGAAAUUAAAUUUGAAGCGGUUUACAAAUAUCUUGUUCCUUGGUCGAACGGUUAA